AUGUUAUCUAGAAAAAGAAAAACAAUUACUGGUAAAUCUUUAUCACUACCUAAUACAAAAAUCAAACCAGUCAAGGCUCGCCAAUUGAUUCGUCGUUAUCAUCAUUUGAUUUCAAAAAGAAAACUAAUUUUAAAUAAAUUGAAAACUUUAAACGAUGAUAAUACAAAUAAUGAUAUUAAAAAAAAUUCUCUUGAAUUAAAUAAAUUAAAUCAAUUAUUUAAAAAUAUUUCUAAAGAUGAAAAAUUAAGUAUGGAAAAUAAUAUGUUAAAGAUUCAAAGUAUAAAUAAUGAUAAUGAAAAAUUAAACCAUCUAUUAAAUUAUAUUAAUUAUGAACUGAUUGUCUCUGGAGGAAUUGAAGAUUAUCAAAAGGCAAGUAAUAGUGGUCAAGAUCCAACACGAGGUGGUGAUUCUUCAGGCAUUUUGGUUAAAUGGCUACGAGAUCUCUAUAAGGAGGAACAAUCUAAUGAACCAAUAGCUAAACAGACAAAUCAAUCUAAUAAAAAUCACGAAAAGAGAACUGCUCUAGAGAUAGGAGCUUUAAGUGUGAAAAAUAAAAUUUCCACUUGUGGUAUGUUUAAUGUGACAAGAAUUGAUUUAGAAAAUUCUCAAGAGAUCAAGGGAAUUGAAAAACAAGAUUUUAUGAAAAGACCCCUCAUACAAGAUAAAAAUGAAUUGUUUGAUGUAAUUUCAUGCUCUCUAGUAUUAAACUUCGUACCGGAGCAUUCUGCACGUGGUGAGAUGUGUAAAAGGUUUAGUAGUUUUUUAAAACCAAAUGGUUAUAUUUUCAUUGUAUUACCAUUGCCAUGUAUGGAAAAUUCAAGGUAUAUGAAUAAACAACAUUUUAUAUCAUUAAUGGAAAGUUUAGGAUAUUCAAGUAUACACUAUAAAACAGCUAAAAAAGUAUGUUAUAUGUUAUUCCAAUUUAAAUCAAAAGCGGAUAAUCAAAAAAUGAAAUUAUUUAAAAAAAAACUCAAUUAG